ACAUCGCGGUCCUACUGCGCAGGCGUGGGCGGCGGAGCAGCCGGGAGCGGUGGCGAUGGAGGCGAAGACGACGGGGACGGGAUCUGGGCUUGGUUACCGCACCUACCGGCGCCGGUGGCUGGUCCUGUUCGCCACCUGUGCCCUCAGCUGUUCCAAUGCAAUGUGUUGGUUGACGUUUGCCCCAGUCGCAGAUCAGACUGCCCGCUAUUUCCACAUAUCCAUGGACCAGGUCAAUUGGUUAUCCAUGGUCUACCUUGUUGUCGGAAUUCCAUUCGGCUUUGGGUCUACAUGGAUACUGGACACACUUGGACUUAAAACUUCAUUGAUCCUGAGCUCCUGGCUGAACCUGGCUGGAUGUGUAGUGCAAUUGUUGAGUGUUGCGUUCUUCGUACCCAAAGACAGCUGGAAAUUUCCACUCCUGAUGCUAGGUCAGACUUUUGGUGCAUUUGCACAGCCUCUCGUUCUUUUUGCUCCAACAAAGUUGGCAGCUCUUUGGUUUCCAGAGCAACAAAGAGCUACAGCAAACAUGAUUUCAUCGAUGGCCAAUCCAUUGGGUAUUCUGUUUGCCAACAUCCUUUCUCCUUUAUUGAUGAAGGAACCGUCUUCAAUGCCCAUGCUGCUGGGAGUCUACAUAGUACCGGCAGUGACUGCCUGUCUUCUGACAACAUUCGGGAUUCGUGAGAAGGUGCCACCAACACCCCCUUCUGCAGGUGCUGCCAACUCUACCUCAGAGCCCUUUCUCACAGGAAUGAAGAUGUUAUUGAAGAAUAAGGCAUACGUGAUCCUGAUGAUCUGUUUUGGGGGAGGAGUCGGUGUUUUUACGUCCUUCUCUGCACUCUUACAGCAGAUUGUUUGUGUCCGGGGAUAUUCAAAUAGUUUUGCAGGGAUCUGUGGAGCCUUGUUUAUUGUGUUUGGCAUUGUGGGUGCAUUCCUGCUUGGAUUAUACGUGGACAAAACAAGACAUUUUAUGGAAACUACGAAAAUUAACUUUUGUCUCACUGCUUUAGCCUGCAUUGGCUUUGCACUAGUUUCUCGAAUGCAUGGACAAAAGUUCCUGCUGGCCCUGGUAUGUUCCCUAUUUGGCUUCUUUGGCUUCUCCAUCUAUCCAGUGGGCAUGGAGCUUGCUGUGGAAUGUUCAUACCCUGUGGGGGAAGCAACAUCUGCUGGACUCAUUUUUGUCUCUGGGCAGCUCCAAGGUGCUCUGUUUAUUCUCUUUUUGCCUGCACUUGCUCAGCCAGUGACCAGUGAUGGUUCUGCAUGUCAAGUUGGUGUAGGAGCAACACUCGAUUGGACAAUUCCUACAUUGGUAAUGGCUGCUGUCUGUAGUCUGGAGGCUUGCUGCUUUGCUCUCUUCUUCCACACAGCGUACAAGCGAGUCAGCGCUGAAGACUACAGUGAAGAGACUUCCCUUCUUGAUGAACGAGCAACUGAAUAAUCACAUGUUUACAGGGACCAUCCUUUUCCUGGAGGCUAGUAGAAUAAUUAUUUUAGGGAGAUUUUAUUGACAUUUGUGAAUAAUAUUGAACUGAUUUUAUGAAUCACAAGGACACUGGCAAACUCUAUAUUUCCUAAUCAAUGUAUGCUUGACCCAGGUAAUUUUUUUUACCUUUGAUUUUUCUAAUGCACUCUUUUUAACAUAUUUUUGUAUGUCGAUUUUUCUUAAACGUACAAAGUUUUGUGAUGAAGCCAGAUUUGAUUUCUGUUAAUUUGGUUGUUGGGAUUGUGAAUGAGGAUAGAUUUUGUGAAAUAAUUGAUCACACAUUUGGACUCUGGUUGAGAAUAUGGCAUCUCACAAGCUGCUUGGUAUGUGCCAACUGCGUCUUCUGUGUGAAAAUGAUUUCUGCACGUCCAUGAAAUAACUUUUGAUAACAGAGCACCAGUUCUGGAAGGCAAAAUUGUGAAGAAUUCAAGCAGGCUCUUUGGAAACAAACACAUGUAAAUGAACAAACAAAGGAUUAAAAUAUGAAUUAGAAUGUAAUUAGUAAAGUGACGAGAUGCUCACUCAGAUAAUGCUCCUAAUAUGUCCUGUACCAGCUGGCAGGGUACAGUAAUGCAGAGGAGAGAGGAGUUGAGCACACCCUCUUUUAAUCCUUGUGCACACAGUGAGACCAUAAGACAUAGGAGCAAAAUUAAGCCAUUCGGCCCAUUGAGUCUGCUCUGUAAACACAUGAGGGCACAAACUUAGGACACACUGUCACCAAAUGAGGACUGGUUGGACAAGGCUGGGUUCCUUCAGUAGAAGUACCUUCUGUAAAUAUUGAAUACAGUCAUUAAGAAGUCAUUGGGCAGGAGGUGAAGGAGCUGGAGAAAACACUUCAAAAUGUUUUGCAAAGAAAAUACUGAGGAAUUUGUAAGUCCAGAAAAAAGGGAGAAAACUGGUGUCAGUCAAAGGUGGGACAAGAGCAAGAGAGUUUCUUUAUUGAUAAAGCAGCAUAACUGAGUUAAUUAUUAGUGUUUUUGCAGCUAUAUUGAAAUAUUGGAAAUUAGAAAUAUCAGCUGGACUGAUAUUUAGCUCUGAGACAGAAGAAUAUGGCUUCAGACAUCAGUACGUGACGUAUGCGUAGAUUCACGGAGGGAGAAUGAAUGGAUUGGUUUCAUUGGGUUUUUAGAGCCCAACAUUAUUUGUGAUGUUUGCAAGGUUACAGGAACAACUGGAUCAUUCAUUGUUGCAAUAUUCUCAGAUGGAGGUAACUAUGUGCAAAUAAUUUAUCAUUUCUGCAUUUCAGUAGUUCUUCCAAAGGGUUGUGGAUUAGUUUGAGGAUUUUGAUGAAUGGUAGUUGAUAGUUUUUCCUGCCACUUCAUUGCAUUUACCUGUUGAUCUGGGUGCCAUGUUUACAUUCGCCAGGCACGAUCAUGGUGCAAGUGUAGUCAUAGGGCCUGGUAUGGUUAUGGUGCCAGGCAUGGUUAUGGCUCUGGGCACUCUCACCAUGCCAGGCGUGAUUAUUGCACCAAGACCAGUCACUGUGCCAGGUGUGAUUAUGGCACCAGGCACGGUCACCAUACCAGGCAAGACAGUGCCAGGUGCAGUCACCAUGCCGUGAGUGGUCACAGUCCCAGGUGUGGUUAUGGCACCAGGUACAAUGUGGAAAAUGCACAGAACAAUAAGGAUUAGUUUCUUAUUCCCAUUCCUAUCCUAAGAUGGUUUGGAUAGUGGCUAAAGUUUUCAAAUUGCAUUAGAUUAUACAGUGUUCCCAUAGAAUCAAUUUAGCCCCUGUUUGAAGUGUGUGUAAGUCUGUUCUGUGGUUUUCCAGUAACUGUUUCAGCACUAUUAUUUCAGGUUGCUCUGUGCUUCACUUGCACACUCCUAUUUCUACUGGCCCUAUGAAUUGCUGGUUUGGUUCAAAUUGGGACAUUGCUACUUUGGAAGGAAGUGGUCCAGGGAAGGAGGGACCUUGUGGAUAUGGAGAGCUUGGAUUGUUUUCCACAGAGAAGAACAUGUUGAAAGGAGAGUUAAUACAUGUUUAAGAACCUUCAGGGCUCUAGAGAACCUUUUUAUAAAAUGCUUCUGCUGGCAGAGGGGUUAAGAACCAGGCGGGAGCUGGAAAAUAUUAUUUAGCAAUUUCAUCGGCCAUUGAAAAAGAGGUGGUAGAUUAAAUCACAGACAAUUCAUUUGGUAGCAAUAGGUAUACAUUUGAUAUAGUUACAAGCAUUCUGGCAUGACCCCAAUGCCAAUUACCUAUGUGCUGAAGGGUUUUUCCGUACCACUGUGUACAGCAUUGUGACCAUGUUUCCACGUUUGGAGCAGGAGGUGUCUGACUAUUGGACCUUCAGAGGCCCCUCAUUCCUACAUCUGGUUUCCACAUUAGGACAGGGCAUUUUUUUGCCAUCUCCAUUUGUGAGAGCUGCCUGUUUUUGAAAUUCCACUGGCCUAUAAUUAGAAAAUAAACCUAUCAUAUUUAAUGUUCCUGCCCCUGUUUCUUGUGGAACCAUUUGGGUAGGACAGUAGGUGAGGCACAAGUUGAACUUUGAUCUUAUAGAAUGGCCAAGAUGAUUCAAUGACUGGUAUAGCCUCUCUUUAUUGUUCUUUUCUAAUGCUGAGUGUCUAGGGAUUAUAUGUCCAAUGAAUCAGUGUUUGUCUUUGGAGAGUUUUGUGCAAACAGAUUAUUUGUUGGCUGUACCCAACCUCACAGCUGCCCUCAAGUGGAAUUUAUUGUUCCUUACAGGUGAUGUGUGCACUCUAAUUCCAUUAGUUUGAAAUUUAUUCCUACUUAGUGUAGAUUUUCUUUGACACCACCCCCUCCCCCAAGCCACUGCCUAAUUUCAAGUUAAAGACCCUUCAUUCCAACCCUGUUCCAUUUCUAGUUCAGGUAUCAAAUAUCUCUGUUUACUUUUGUUUAAUUUUCUGACCAUGUGCUAAAAUGAUCUGUGCACAUGGUUGGUGUGAGGAAGCAAAUUUUAUUCUGUGUGUGUGUGCACAUGCUCAGUACGUUCUGGAGUUUAGAGUUCAAUCCUGACAUCUCCUGUAAGGAGUCUCUGUACAUCCUCCUCGUGGAAUGUGUGGGUUUCCUCCCACUGUCCAAGAUGUACUGGGUAGGUCAUAGAUAUUUGUAAAUGACCCCAUGAUUAGGUGAGGGUUAAUCAGCCUAAUCCAUGCUGUAUUGCUAAAUAAAUAAAUAAUAAACAGCAUGGAAUAACUUGUAAAAAUCACUGUGACAUUAUCUUCAAAUCAGUAAUGAAAUUUCAAGCAAUGCUGGAAAUCUGGAGCAACAGACAUGAACGGGAAGAACUCUGUAAGUCAGGCAGAAACUGAUGUGAAGUGAACCAGUCCAUAUUUUGGCCCAGGACUCGUCAGGACUGGAAAGAAAGAGGACUGAAGCCAGAAGUUUUGUUUGGUUGUUCAUUCAAAUCAAUACAACGUCGGUUUUAAAAUCUCAGGCUGCUAUGAUUAUGUACAGACCUUUGUUGAAUUAUCAACACACAUUUCAAAUGUAUUUUCCAAACUGUUUGCCUUGCCUUCAUUUGUUCAGCUGGUACUGACAUUGUAUGUGUGGCUUUUUGUAUAGUUUGCUUUAAAUCUUUUUACCUGUCAUUGUUCCCUGCCUGGGCUUUGUAGUUCCUUAUCUGUAAAGUUCAUAGAUAUUUGCCUGACCUGAGCAAGAUUAUUCAGCUGUGGAAUCUGCACAAGUUGAACCCUGAUCGUUGAGCUCUGUAGGACAAUUCAGCACUGUGAAUCACUGAAUUAUUGGGACCAGUUUGUUUCUCCAGUGUUUCUACAGCUACAGAUAGGCUACUUACCCCUCGAGAUGUAAGUAGCUUCUCAAUGGUGAUGGGUAGUCUGAGUGUGGGAAGUGGCAAGAGGCUUAGGUGUUAAAGGCACUCAGUGUGUAAGCCAUUGACAUGGAGAACUCAUCCUGGGGUGAAUAAGGUAUUUUGUUACAUUAAUGAAUAAAAUAAUAACCAGUUUGCUGCUAAUUUUGUUUUAGAUUUAUACAUUUUAGUCAUCUAUUUCUGAAGAAACAGGUUAAUAUAGAGUUAAAGACCCAUGUUUUUUGUUUCUGAAAGUUAGCUGCUGAACACAAAUCUGAGUCUGAACUGUUGCCUUUAGCAAGAGAAUCAGUCCGGCCAUUCUGAUGUCGGCUACCUGUUUGAAUUGGAGAUUUAAAAUGUGAAUGAAUGUGUUUUCUAGUCCCAGUACCCUGACAAUUGAA